AAAGCAGCCGCCAUAUCUGAAUGCGCUUUAAACCUGUUCAAUCCCACAGACAUGUUUAUGUUAACACAGUUCAGAAAUACAGUUCGGAUUACUUUAUAGCGCUUUGAUUACAACCUAUAGACGUUCAACCGAGAGGUUUCUAAGAUGUCAUUGGUGGAUUUGGGUAAGCGUCUUUUAGAAGCAGCUCGGAAUGGUCAUGAUGACGAUGUCAGAAUGCUAAUGGCCAAUGGAGCUCCAUUCACUACUGACUGGCUUGGAACUUCUCCAUUACAUUUAGCAGCCCAGCAUGGUCAUUACUCCACAGCUGAAGUGCUGCUGAGGGCAGGUGUGAGCAGAGAUGCCCGAACAAAAGUCGACAGAACCCCUCUCCACAUGGCGGCCACAGAGGGCCAUGAAGUAAUUGUGGAUUUAUUAAUCAGGAGUGGAGCAGACAUCAAUGCCAAAGACAUGUUGAAGAUGACCGCUCUCCACUGGGCCACCCAGCAUGGUCAUCACCAUGUUGCAGAACUCUUGGUUAAGCACGGGGCUGAUGUACACGCCCUCAGCAAGUUUGACAAGUCAGCUUUUGAUAUUGCUGUUGACAUACAACAUGGCGAACUCGUGCUCUUAUUACAG